UAUAUGGAGCCAGAGAACUUAACAGCCACUUCAAAAUUCAUUCUUUUGGGACUUUCAAAAGAAAAUGAUAUCCAGCCACUUCUAUUUUGGCUGUUCCUGUUCAUUUACUUGGUCUGCAUCAUAGGGAAUCUGCUUAUCAUCCUGGCUAUUGGCUCUGACUCCCACCUCUGGACCCCAAUGUAUUUCUUCCUCUCUAACCUAUCUUUCACAGACAUUUGUUUCAUUUCCACCACAGUUCCCAAGAUGUUAGUGAACAUCCAGGCACAGAAUAAAUCCAUCACCUAUGAAGGCUGCGUCACCCAGAUGUAUUUUUUCAUGUUUUUUUCUGGACUGGAUAGUUUGUUACUGACAGUAAUGGCCUAUGACCGGUUUGUGGCCAUAUGUCACCCCUUGCGCUACAUGAUUAUCAUGAACCCUUACCUUUGUGGUCUUCUACUGCUACUGUCUUGGCUAAUCUGCCUUGCCUAUUCAUUGUUACAAACAUUAAUGUUUUUGAGGGUGUCUUUCUGCAAGAAAACAGAAAUCCCUCACUAUUUCUGUGAACUUGCUCAGAUCCUCAAGCUUGCCUGCUCAGACACCCAUGACAAUGACAUCCUGCUUUACUGUGUAACUGGUUUGCUAGGUAUUAUUCCUCUGUCUGGGAUUCUUUUCUCUUAUUCUAAAAUCAUCAACUCCAUAGUGGGCAUUUCAUCUGCUAGGGGGAAGUAUAAAGCCUUUUCUACUUGUGGGUCUCAUCUUUCAGUGGUCUCAUUGUUCUAUGGUGCAGGCCUUGGUGUCUACCUUACUUCUCAAACAACCUAUAACUCCAGAGAGGGUUCAGUCACCUCAGUGAUGUAUACUGUGGUUGCUCCCAUGCUCAACCCUUUCAUCUACAGCCUGAGGAAUAGGGAUAUGAAGCAGGUUAUUAGAAGACUUUUUCAUAGCACAAGAGAUAGGUCUCAGUGUGAUAAUAGAAAAAUGGAUACAUGA